CUCUAAAGACUCACGUUUCUUGAGGAAGAAGCCCGGAAGAGGAGGGAGAGGAAAGAAAAGGAGUCUGGAAUGGCUCUUUCUCAGAUAUCUCUCAGAUACAUGUGAUCAAGAAAUUACAACUAAAGUCAAACACCGAUAGAGGUGGAGUAUUCCAAACAUUGAUGUUGGGAGGACAGGAAAGCCAGGGAAUCAAACAUUUUUACCUCCUGGAAAUUCAGGAAAAUAUGUAUGACCAUGGUUUCCAGUGGAGAGAUGAUGGAAGAAGUUACAAAAAUAUCCCUAUGUUCUGUCACCAAGAUGUCACUGAUAGAAGUCCACAUGGUGGAAAGGAUGCAAAAAACAAGCCUAUUGGAAAUAGACUUCUGUUAAGCCUUCAGGAUGAACUGUAUAUGUUUAAAAGUAAACAGAAAAUUGAUGAAUUUAAUAAAGCUGUUAAGAGUAUCAGCAAUAGUUCCUCAUUUUCCCCACUUCAAGGAAUUUCUCCUCCUGUCCAAAACAACAUUUCUAAUAGAUAUGGGAGUGAUUUUAUGCAUCCUUCAGUACUGACACAAGACCAGAGCCCACCCAGGGAAGUACCUUACAAGUGUAUUAAGUGUGGCAAAACCUUUCAUCAGGUCUCAAAUCUCAGGAGUCAUCAGAGAAUCCAUAUAGGAAAGAAAUUGCAUAAAUGUGAUGUAUGUGACAAGGUCUUUAGCCGAAAUUCAUACCUUGUAAUUCAUCGAAGAGUUCAUACUGGAGAGAAGCCUUACAAAUGCAAUGAGUGUGGCAGAGCCUUUCCUAUGGGCUCAUAUCUCAAAAGACAUCAGAUAACACACAUUCAAGAGAAAUUAUAUAAAUGUGACAUAUGUGGCAAAGUCUGUCAUCAGAAUCUAUCCCUUCAGCGUCAUCGGGGAAUUCAUACUGGAGAGGAAACUUACAAAUGUAGUUUUUGUGGGAAAACCUUUCUUUGUGGCGCAGACCUCAGGAAGCAUGGGAUAAUCCAUCCAGGAGCAAAAGCAUAUAAAUGUGACGUAUGUGGCAAAGUCUAUGGUCAAAAUUCAUACCUUAAAUGUCACCAGAGAAUUCAUACUGGAGAGAAACCUUACAAAUGUAAUUUGUGUGGGAAAACCUUUUUUUUAAAAACAGGCCUCAGGAAACAUGAGAUAAUCCAUACAGGAGCAAAACCAUAUAAAUGUGAUGUAUGUGGCAAAGUCUUUAAUCAAAAAUCAGUCCUUGUGAAUCAUCAGAGAAUUCAUACUGGAGAGAAACCUCACAAAUGUAAUGAGUGUGGCAAGUUCUUUCGUGAGAAGCAAACCCUUAGAAGGCAUCAACGAAUUCAUACUGGAGAGAAACCUUACAUAUGUAAUGAGUGUGGCAGAGCCUUUCGUGAGAAGCCAGCCCUUACAAGGCAUCAACGAAUUCAUACUGGAGAGAAACCUUACAAAUGUAAUGACUGUGGCAGAGCCUUUUGUGAGAAGCCAGCCCUUACAAGGCAUCAACGAAUUCAUACUGGAGAGAAACCUUACAAAUGUAUUGAGUGUGGCAAAGCCUUCAGUCAAAGUUCAACCCUAUCAAGUCAUUGGAGAGUACAUAUGAGUAAGCAGUCUUACAGAUAUAAUAAGCAUGGCAAAUUCUUCAGUGUGCUUUCAAGCCUGAGUUAG